CUGGUGCACUACGCAAAUUUAUUAGCAGGUUUUGACUACAAUAUAAAACUCAGAAAGACAACAGAACAUGCAAAUGCUGACUACUUUUCAAGAUUAAAUAAGUCGACAGAAACAGAAAAUGACAAUCUGACAGAUGAUGAUGCAUUUUACUUAAAUCAAAUCUCAGAAAUGCCAGUUACACUACAAGAAAUUAGAGAAGCUACUAGAAAAGACCCAGACUUACAAAAGCUCUACAUGGAUAUACAAUCAGGAAACUCCACAAUCAGUCCUGUAAAGAUGAAGGCUGCACCUCUUUCACAAAGUCCUGGAAAGGAACAACUGCCGGUGAAAAAACAACCAGAGCAAGAACCGGCGCAACCUACAUUACCUGGAGAAGUUACUACUAGCAAUAACACACCUGAAAUUGGGCACCGCCGAUCACAAAGAAUAAGAAGGAAACCGGAUCGGCUAAACCUGUAA